GAACAUUGAACCCACUUUUAAUCUGAUCGACAAUGGCAACCAAGAACAAUAAUCAAAUCAUCAUUUCAAAAACCUCAAAUUAAUCACAUCACAUCACAGUAUCACACUUAUACCAAAUAAACCUCUAAUUUUUACAUCAAACAUAAUAAUAAUAAUAAUCACUUCCAUAAAACAUAAAAUUUAUUUAAAAUGAGAGAUGAUGAUCCCUUACCAGUAUCAAUAACACCUAAUAAUAAUACACCUAUACAUACAUCUUCAUCUUCAUCAUCUGUAUCUAUAUCUAUAUCUAACAAUAUUAACAAAAAAGAAACUCCAGAUUCAACCAUUUUCAAAAAGAACAGUUACAAAUUCUACGCAUUUUCCGCCAUUAUCCUCCUUGCAUUCUGGUCAAUCUUCACCGGCACCGUCACUCUCCGUCUCUCCGUCGGCAACCUCAACCGGCUAUCCGAUGACAUCGCCGGCGGUGGAGCUCCUGUUUAUGACGAUUUUGAUGUGCUUGAAAUUGAGGAGAGAGAGAAGGUUGUGAAGCAUAUGUGGGAUGUAUACAUUAACAGCCAUAGGAUGAAAUUACCGCGAUUUUGGCAGGAAGCGUUUGUGGCUGCUUAUGAGGAUUUAGCUAGUGAUGUGGUUCAAGUUAGAGAAGCUGCGAUUUCCGAGAUUGCUAAGAUGUCGUUGAGCUCGAUUAUUGGUGUUGAUCCUCCUCCUGUUAAAUCUACGAAUUUGCAAGAACUGAGCUUAAGGCACGCAGAGCAGAACAAGAUUGGGCUUCCAUUGAAGUAGUCUAUAACUUGAAGAAAACCGAUGAUUAUAUCCAAGAGUGUAUCACCAUUCUUUUAUACAGGUUGAAUCUACUCCUUAAAUUUCUUUUGUUGUUUUGUAGUUUGUAAAAGGCAGGUUUUAGAAUUUAUACCACUGUUUCAUAUGUUCUUUACACGAAAGAUAUUGACGCUUUUCAAUUGUAUUUAUUUAUUUUGGAAAUAGAUUUACAUAUUUACUUC